AGAAGAUCAUUAGACUUGCAUUGCAUUGCAUUCUAGUUGUUUUAUGACCUCCAAAGGCAACUGAAGAACUAGCACAUCAACAACAGCAACAACAACAACAACAACAGCAAGUGUCUUUAAGAACUCCAAAUAACCCCUACAUCACUGGAGGCAUAUUGUUCCUAUCAGCAUGCAUUGUACCAAAAGAGGAAAGUUGGCUGUACUCUCCAUUGGUGUGUUGGUUGCUAUGAUCCUCGUCUGUUACUUCUACUUGAUCCAAAAGAGCAGAUUCCGCUUUGCCGUAUCUGGUUCCAAAUUGUUAGAAUACAACCAGGCAGCAAUCACAAGCGAUUCAUCUAUGUGUUCCCAACUUGGCAUGUCAAUUCUGAGGGAGAAGAACGGAAGUACAAUUGAUUCUGUCAUUGUCACUUUGGUUUGUAUGGCACUUGACCAACCGAUGUCCACAGGAAUUGGAGGCAGUUUAAUUAUGAAUAUCUAUGACAGUAAAUCUCAAAAGAAUGUCAUCAUAGAUGCCUCUGGUAAAUCACCACAUCAUGUGGCCAGCCUGAAGAAUAUGUCUCACCUGAAAGGUCCUUCAUCAGUGACUGUUCCUGGGCAACUGUACGGUCUAUGGCAGGCACAUCAGAUGUAUGGCUCGUUACCAUGGAAACACUUGUUUGCUCCUGUGAUACACCUUGCAACACAAGGUUUUAAUGUCUCGCGUUUACUGGCUAAUACCCUCAAAGAAAUGGAGUCUGAAGUUAAGGAUCAGCCCCUACUCAGAGAGCUGUAUGUAAAUGAGGCAACAAGACAUGUUUAUCAAGAAGGAGACCUCAUGAAACACCCAAGACUAGCAAAAUCACUGAAGAUAAUCUCUGAGGAAGGAUUUCUUGCUGUCUAUAAUGGCUCCUUGUCUAAUGCCAUUGUUGAAGAUCUGAGAGAUGCUGGUGAAGGAUCUCUUAUGUCCUUGAGUGACCUCACCUCUUAUAAUGUAAAGUUUCCAGCCCCAUUAAGGACAAGACUGUCCAACGGUGACCAAGUGAUGGCAACCCCACCUCCAUCGAGUGGCCCAAUAGUGCAACUGAUACUCAAUGUUCUUGACCUGUAUGAGUUCAAGCCCAACUACCGCACCAACCUCAACAUGUUCGCCACUACGCUACACAGGAUCAUCGAAACAUUCAAGUUUGCGUACGGCAUCCGAUCCCGACUGGAGGAGCCCGGCUUUGAUGAAGACGUCACACAGUUCCUUGUCAAUUUAACAUCAACAGAGUGGGCCACCGGGAUUAAAUCACAGAUCGAUGACCAUAGCACAUAUGAGAGUGGAUAUUAUAACCCUGGCACCCUCAAUGAGGAAGGUUUAGGGACCACCCAUCUGAAUUGCAUCGGCUUGGAUGGUAUUGCUGUAUCAGUGACUAGCUCACUCAACCAUAGGUUUGGUGCCCAGAUUUUGGGACGAAGGACUGGAAUCUUGUUUAACAAUGGAAUGGCAGCGUUCUCAACACCAAGCAGACACAAUCGCAGUGCCUCAAUAAACCAACCUCUCCCUAAUUUGAUCGGGGCCAACAAGUCUCCUAUGUCCUAUGUGUCACCAAUUAUUAUGACAGACAACACAGGCAACACCAAACUGGUUAUUGGAGCCUCUGGAGGAACUAAAAUUAUUUCUUCUCUCUCCUAUGUGAUGAACAAUCUAGUGUGGUUCAAUGACACUAUCAAAGAAGCCAUUGAUGCCCUCAGAGUUCACAACCAGAUCAUUCCAGCACAGACUAAUACUGAAGACUACUUACCAAAGAAAGUGAUUGAGAAACUGAAGAAAUUUGGUCAUGAUAUCACUAGUUAUGGAUCUCUUUCAUUUGUCCAUGGAAUAUACCAGAAAAAUGGCACCUUUUCCGUUAACAUUGAUUAUAGAAGUGGAGCAAUUCCAGCAGGGUUUUAAAAGAGGCAAUGCUUCUAAAGAGUAAGGGCAAAGAAAUGAAAUUGAACCUACUUUCAAACAUAAUCUAUGACCCUUCUAAACAAAAUCCUACACAUACCCAUGCACACACACACACAAACAGAUGUGUGCACUCACACACACACACACACAUUUCCGCUCUUAAUAUUUACCCCAUAAGAUAUAUCACCCAUCCCCAAAAAUCUUAUCACUCAAUCCCACAAAUAUUUGUCUUCUACCCUCAUAAAAUAUACUCCACACCCAAUAAAAAUAUAUUCCUCAUCCCUACAAAAUCUAUCCUACCCAUCACAAAAUAUACCUCACCCACUGCAUCAAAAACAAGGAAUACAACAAUUUAAAAGUUUCAAAAUGGACUUGUCCAAAAGGUAGAGAAAAUUUUAUGGAUAGAAUAGUAGAUCAACAGAUUUUGUAAUUUGCUGGACAAAAAAUAGUUGCAAUUCAUUAGGUUUUGAUUUCAAAUCCUGCUGAGGUCAAAUUUAGUUUGUUUUUUUUUUUGUUUCUGGGAUCAAUAAUCAAAAAAAGUACCAAUCAAAAACUGGAGUUGAUAUCAUUGAUUUUUGCCCCUCACUAAUUUAUGGCUUUGUGUCAUUGUUAGAAACCUAUAUUUUAGAAUGGACCAGUCCAUCAUCACUUGUAAUUAGGGACAUUAAUUAAAGUUGUUAAACUACAUCUAGUCAAUUACAGUAAACUUCUCAACAAAAAUUGAGGUCCUGUGAACUGCGAAUCAGUAGAGCAACGAAUUAAAUGCCUUGUGGUAUUUAAUUACAUCUUUUAAUGUUUUGAGUUCAAAUCCUAUUGCAGUCAACUUUUCCUUUCGCCCUUCCAGGGUUAAUGAAAUAAAGUAGGAAUCAAGUACUGGGGUUGAUAUAAUUCAUGGUAUCCCUUCCAGAAAAUUGUAGAAAUCCCUACUGGAGGGUGGAGUGACAGAUAUGGUACCUGUUACAUCCAUUAACAGCCAUGUCACAGCAUCACUUGCUGUUUUGUUACACCCUGUGACACACAUGUCAGAGUCAGACAUCAAAUACCAUGUGGCAUUUUCAUCUCAUCCUGAUCCAUUAUGCCUUUCAUCUCUUUGAGAUUACUAAUAAAUCCAGUUAAAUCCUGAGGGUUAUUAGAAUCAACUAUAUCCCAAUCUUGGCCUUGUGAUUGUGUUGAAAACUAUUAUUAUCAUCACUCUGAGUUCAAAUGCUGUUGAGGUCAGCUUGACCUUAUAUUCUUUCAGGGUCAAUAAAUAAGUACUAAUGGAGCACUGGGAUAAGUGUAAUUGUCAACCUCUCAAAAUCGCUGACCAUGGGCCAAAAUUUCAAAGAAUUAUUAUCAUUUUUACUAUUAUUAUUAUUAUUAUUAUUAUUAUUAUCAUUAUUAUUA